AUGGCUUCGGCACAUCCGCGCUCAAAAGUCUCUUGGUGUCGCCGACGGACCCUCGUUCGAGGUCUCGUCCAAGAUCCCUUCGCUAUUGUCUACUCGGAGGACGGCAAGUGGAUUGCUUACGCGCUUGCCAACACUGUUCAGAUCGUGUCGUCCUCAAGUGGCGAGGCUGUGACUAUUGAGCAGCCUGGUGUCGUCGCUCUCUCCUUCUCGCCGCUUGCCUCUACUCUCUACACCUUUGAGAGGCCGGUGAAGAGCGAGACUGACGUUUACAAGAACGUCAAGGCGUGGAGCAUCAAGGGAGAGCUCAUCGGCGGAUGGGCUCCGGUGAUCACGCCCGAUGAGGCUCACCGCUUCCAGCCGGCUGGUAACGACAUUCUCAUCUUCUCUCCCCCGCUUGCUCCUCGCCCUGCUACCCGUCUCAAGAACGACGGCCAGAUCCGUGGUCUCUUCCUCUCUCACCCUGCGGAGCUCCCCGAGGGAUGCACCAGCGCUAGGUCUGUCCGCCCUUACACUGAGCCGGCCAUGGCCGUCUGGGUCGGUGAGCGCAAGGGUGCUCCUGCCAACCUCGCUCUCUACCCUGUCUCGUCCCUCGUCGGCAAGCCUGCUUCCGCCGACAAAACCGAGAACCGUGAGAUGCCCAUCACGGUCGCGAGGAAGGCCUUCUACAAGGCCGACAAGCUCAACGUCAAGUGGAACAACGCCGGAACUAUGGCGCUCUUCCUCACUCACACUGACGUCGACAACACUGGGAAGUCGUAUUACGGAGAGACGAACCUUUACCUCGUCGCUCUCGACGGCUCGUUCGACGGACUCGUCGACCUGGACAAGGAGGGUCCUAUCUACGACUUCUCUUGGAACCCUACCUCCAAGGACUUCUGCGUGUGCUACGGCUGUGAGUUUUGUUCUCCGUGGUCAAGCUAA